AUGCCAUUUGUUGCACUAUCCCAGGGGUUUGGACGGGGUUUGGGGCAAAACAGGAAGGACGAGGUGAGAUUCUUGUCGACGGACGUUGGCUUUCCUUUGAACGGGACGACGAGUUUUUUGUUUGUGGAAGAUCAACAAGAAAGAGGCAUGUCAGCAAAGAAGAGGCCACCUACGGCAGCCGUUCGAGCGUUGGCGCGCUCCAUUACGGACGAUUGUGUCAAGGAAUCGGCUCGAAUCACGGGUGAGCUUGCGACGAGCCGCGUGAUCAAGUACCAGUAUUGCCAUGAGUCGCUCUCCAAGGCAGUGUCGCUCGUUCUCUGUUCGUUUGGGAAUUUCAUCAGUGCGGAAGGUACGGAUCAAGAAUUGGAACUCAUUUUGGCCAAGCACAAGAAGAGUACAGCGCAGCCGACACCCGUCACGGUGUGGUCGUUGAAAGCAGCCAGGGAGCUCAUGGAAAAAUUGGGAUUGACUUGGGAGGAAUUGGUCACUCAUCAAAAGCAAGCCACCAAGUGGGCCGUCCUUCGACAAAAAGGAGGGCCGUUCUUGAUUCAUGUGGAGGUGUAUCUGCAAGAAGACGACGGGGACAAAUACAAGUACACAUAUGCGCUCGUGUACCAUGAUCGGUGCCUCAAGAGUCACUUACCAAGGAAGCGGGAAUUUUCUAACAUUCGAAACGCGGACAUUUCGAGUGGCCAAAAAGCGGGAAAGGUCUUUGACAGGUUCUUGGAGAGUGCGGAUUGGGCCAGCGGUUUGACCUACGCACAAUGCAGAAUUCUUGGCUGCUGGGAAGUCAAAAAGCGGGCUGCCCAAUGGGAAGAUGCGGAUUUCCACACGGGUCCUCUCGUGGAAACUGCUGCAGGUGACGAGUCCGAGAAGCAGAGAUUUCCAAACUAUCAUCGGGAGGCGUUGCCGACAGCUGUGGCGCUCAUUGCAGCGGGCAUGGAGGGAACUGUACAGCCUGCCCCGUUCGCUCGUGGUUUGGCUUCUGUCACUGCUGCAGCAGCCACCAGCUGCGCAGCGGGACCGGGAAACUUGAACAUGGGUACGGUACAGGGUUUCUUGAUGAACAAGGGUUUCUCCUGCGACGAGCUGAGUGAUCAUGACACCAAGGGGGUAUUGCGGAAAAAGGAGGGAUUCUUCCUGUUUGUCCUCAGUGUCCUGGUGAAAUCCAAGCGUGGCAAUCAAAUGUACAUGCAGCAUGCAGUUGGCUAUCACAAGCACCUCCUCCGAAGCUGCUUGACAAAGGAGAAGCCAUUCAAAGUGCUCAGAUCGCAAGUGCUCAAAAGUGACCAGGUGGAGCAAGUGUUUGACGCGUACUUCGAAGAAACACUCGCCAAUUGCUUUGUCACGUACAAGCAUUGCGUCGUCCUUGGCGUUUGGAAGGUUGACAAGAUGAAGGAGGAGGAAAAGGAAGUUGCCUUGUCCCCGUCGCGCACCAAGCGGGCGCUGGAAACGGACGAAUCCAAUUCUAGGUCUCCUACCAUGCGAAGUUUGUCGAGUUGCGAUGCUCGUCGUUCCCGCAACAGCAGCCAACCGGGGCGCGCCAAGAAGAGCCGAAGCGUGUCGCAUGAUUCCGCAGACUCGCUACCGGUACCAAUGUAUUCAAAGGGUCCCCCGGACCGGCUUUUUCAGCCCAUCACGGGCGAGUCUAGAUCCAUCCCUGAUGCGCUUUCGUUGUUGCUCAAAAAGGCCAACUUUGACGGUGCCGACGUUCCAUAUUAUAGACUCACUCAUGACGAUUGGUUGGAGUCUGUAAAGGGAUACUUCCGGAUGCCAGUGAAACGAUACUUGGAUUCCAAAGGGCUCAAACUGGAAGCCUUGCCGCAGGGAGUGUUGCACAGUCAUUUGGGUGUACUCAAGCAAGUCGAAGGAAACCAUCUCCUCGUCUUGACCAUCAAUUUCGAGGAUGACAAGCACGGCCAUGUUCCCAUGAUCACGCAUGGCGUAGUUUGGCUUGCACGGCAGAGGUUGCUGUUGGAUAGUAGGACAGCGGAGAAUCCAAUUGAAGUCAAAGGACAGGAUACACGCAGUGACCUUUCAGCGAGGCGAGUUUUUGAUGCCUUGGUCCGACCACUGGCGGGCAACCGGGUCUACCAGCAUUGCGUUAUCAGGAGUGCCUACAAGCUCAAGCGCUGCUUCAGCAAAAAGCCGGCUUCCCAUUACGGGCUGGGUCCCAAGAGGGGACAAUGGUCUCCUGAUUGCUGA